UUAUUAAAUUGUCAAAAUAUCAAAAAGUGUCCGGUGCGUGCGUGGCGGGGCUGCGCGCGCGAUGCGCGGCGCGUGCGCGGUGCGCGGCGGCGCGCGGUGACGGGCGCAUGCGCGCGCGGCCGGGCCGCAUGCGGGCCGCCAGCCGGGUCAAUGACCUCGCCGGCGUUUGUCGUGCUCACGCUGGCACUUGUUUGUUCCAUCUUCGGCACAGCAUCGGAACAAACAGCUGAUCCUGCCAGCGAGCACGCAAUGCAUACGCAACACAACAUGCCCAUCAUCCACGAUGUUAGCAGAAUCGACCUCAGUAUGACUCGGACCAAUAGUGAUAGCUACAACGUAGAACAUAACUUAGAAUACGACAUUAACAAAUUUAGAAGCAAAGACAAUGUUGUCUUUCAAACCACAGAAAAACCAAACUCGAAAUCGUACUCCAAAUUUAAAGAAGGUAAAUCAAAAAGAAAUGAUUAUGUACCUUAUAGAGAAGAGAAGAGAUUUCACAGCAAAAAAAGUGAAAACUUUAAUAAUGUACAUAAAAUAACUUCUAAAGAACCAACUGUAGUUAAAUUUAUACAUUUUCGUAGACGCAACGAAGGAACGUCUGAUAAUUUAGGUGAAGCAAUAAAAACGAGACAUGAAGAAGCUCAUCCAGUCGAACAUGUAAGUUUUACAGAUAAGGAAAUAGGACUACAUAAAUAUCUACCGAAUCAUAAAAGCAAACAGAAUGAUCGUAGAAAAGUUGGUAAAGACGAAGUCCAUACGAAGACGAUAGCGUCUAAAUAUAUCGGGGAAGAUAGACAUUGGAGUCAAAAUUCAAAAGGAACAAUACCAGGUGUGAAGAUGUCAGAAAUGACGUAUCUGACUCAGUUUGAAAGGUUCUUGAAAAGAGUGAAAAGGCAAGAGACCACAGACAGUUGUGACGCGUUCACUCUGAACCAGAAGUCUAUGAAGAUAGAACAUCCACACGACACGCAGGGCAAAGACAAGAAUUACUACAGCAAUAUCGAUUGUGUUCAUGUACUUCAAGCUAACGAGAACCAGGUUAUAAAACUGACGUUUAUAGACGUCUUCCACAUAGAGUACCAUGCCAAGUGUCAGUACGACUUUUUGGAGAUUCGCGACGGCAAAGCAGGGUACGCGAAGCUCUUAGGCAAGUUCUGCGGCGACGUGUUCCCAACAGAAGUGGUCUCCACAGGGCCCUUCAUGUGGCUCAAGUUCCACUCAGACGAGACCAUCGAGUACGAAGGAUUCACCAUCAAAGUCGAGUUCUGUGCGGCCACUAGCCACAGCAUUCCCGACGCUUGCUACCAGGAGCUGUCCGGCCUCAGCGGCGUCAUCGACUCGACCACCAUCGACGAGUGUCGCGAGAAGUCAGAGAACCACGCCCUCGACGUGCUCUGGACUGUUCGGACUCCAGAGAACACUGACAUCUUCCUCAAUUUCACCACAUUUUCUCUUUUCAAACCAAACGAGUGCGAGGAAAACGUGGUACAGGUGUUCGGACACAUUCUGGAAGAGGACUCGAGGUUGGCGCACUACUGCGGCUCGAUAGCCAACUCGGUGACAACAAAGAUCUCCGACAGCAAGACAGCUUCAGAACAAGGAAACCUGAUGUACGUGCAUCUGUACGCCAGCCAGACCGCCGCUAAGGAUACCAAAAUCAACGCCACCUUCACCGCCUUCCGGACCCUCGACCCCACCAAGGAUGAGAAAUGCGACGAGGUUGAGGAACUCAACUGCGAAGACAACACCUGUAUCGACUUCAACCUGCGCUGCGACGGCUACGCGCACUGCCGGCUCAAGGCUGAUGAAGACCCUGAACUUUGCAAGACGCAGACAGAGUCGAUGCUGCAGCAGACGCACAUCUUGGUGAUCUUGGUAAUCUUCUCGCUGAUCCUCUCCGGGAUGAGCUUCGUCUUCCUCUUCAAGUGCUUCCGGAAGCUCUACCAGGACCACAAGAUCAUCAAGGAGCACAUCAGCCAAUCGUGCGAAGACCGCCUGGACGGCAUGUUGUUCAACGACAGCCGUCUCACGCUGGAUCCCAAACGCCUGCAGUCGCACGCGCACAGUGGCAGCGAGCCUCGAGCCAGUUUGGAGAGGGAGAACCAUACCAAUGAGCUCGUCAAGCAGAAGCGAAGCCACUCGCAGCAUAAGCAAACCAGCUUAGAAUCUGAUUUCCAAGAUCUAACCCAUCUAGACAUCGACGAAGAACCGUGGAGAAGAGAAGUAGACAGUAUACCAGAACCUCAAGAAAUAAAGAUAGAACGCAACGGCAGAACUAGACGCAGUGACACUAGUAAGAAAGAAGAGGCCAUGAGGAGUCGGAAAGAGAGUGUAGAAGAAAAGAAAGAGAUAAGAGAUGCGGCAGUAGGAGCGCCGGAUACAAAGGAGUCUGGAUGCCAGACGAGAGAGAGCCUGUUUCAAACUGAGACUGCGCUUAGCUCUGAUGGUUCGAACAGUAACAGCAACAGCCGAGGGUUCUCAACGUUCGGCUACUCCGGCGCAACCCUCGUCCGCCCCUCCCCGCCCGCACCCGCCAUCUCCACCAUGCACAUAGAGCUCAUGAAGAGGCCUUCGCAGGACUCCGCUAAGACACAAAAGAAAAUCCCAGAACGUCGACCGAUGAGCACGGAGACGACGCGUUCUGCUCCUGACGUCAUCAUCGUCUCCAAGCCGAUUCGCUGAGGAUGACCUCUGGGGCCCCCGCCGUGGGCCCCAACCCCCCCGCCAUCGUGGCCCUGGGACCCCGUGCGGGACCGACCCGACGGGUCCUUCCAGCCCCCCUGUUACCACGACUUCUCAAGGAGCAUGACCUUCGAAGAAUGCGGUGGUUACUAUAGCAAAUACUUUGACGAACAACCCAAGUUGAUAUACGAUUAUUGUUUGAAAAGUGACUAUUAUAAAUCUAAAACUUUACCAAGGAAUUUGGGCUCUUCUGUGGAUUAUAAGCCAAAGGUUCAUCCGCAAAGGAGUGUGUGUUUUUAUGGUGUUGAGGAUUCUCCUUGCAGGAGACACAGGACGGUGGUGGUGACGGCCGAGAUAGAGCCUCACAGGUAACGAAUGUGAAGCCUAGCGUUAGAAGUAGUGUUGUGAUCGCUUGAGUUUGGUUUUUAUAUGAUAUUGUUCGGUUAACAUAAAUCGCAUUUUGAAACUGUGACCAGAUGUUAGAAGAUAUGCUAAGGUUCGUGAGAGUUUCAGUUGUUUAGUCGUUAAUUUUACUAGUCAUUACAUAACAUAAGCUCACGAUUAGGUCCCAAUUGGGGUAGUCAGAGGUAAUCCAUCGCAAGAUGAACUAAGUACCCACACCUCACCGAGCUUUCUGUUAGACCAACGUGAUAAGUGAGCCGUAUCGCCGUCUAUAAUGGUCGAGCCAACUGUGUUAGUGAAAACUGCACUAUUGGGUAGUUUCCUAGGUUAAGAGACUAUGAUUUAUAAAUAAAGACAGAUCUAAAGAUGUCAAAAACGUUUUCUUUUUUGGGUGAAUAUCAAAAUGUGCCAAGUUUGGUGGCGAACUUUCAUAUAAUUUUUUCGUGAAAGGAUCCAAAAGAAUCCUUUUUCAUGUCGGAACCCAGGAUCCUUUUGGAUCUUUUUCAUGUCGGAACCCAAUUUUUCACGAAAAAAUAAUAUGAAAUUUCGCCAACAAACUUGAAAUUUUGAUAUUCACCCUUUUCUAUUUAACUAUUUUAUGAAUUUUAAUAAAGAAAAAUGUAAUAAUAAGUGCGACAUAUUAUGACAUCACAAUUUGCUUUUUCAUACAAAUACCAUAGUAAUCUCGUGUUUUGACGGUUAGUAAAAAGUAACUGAUUUGACUAGUUGGAAUCUACCCUAUUAUAGUGCUUAUAUUAUUUUAACAUCUGGUCACAUCUUACACACUGCCGUUAUUAUGCUACGGAAAAUAUAAUUUAUAUUACAAAUAUAAAUUAAAAAUAAUUAUUACAUAAUAAAUAAUAAUAAUUUAUAAAUAAAAUUGUUGAUUUAGGAUAUGAUUAUCGUUUCAACGAAAUAAAAUAUAAUUUACCGUUGAUAAAACAAAGUCUUCCAAGUUAUCAAUCUUGAAUAUUAAUUGAAAUAAUCUAUUUAGACGUAAUGAGCUCUAUGUAAACUAAUUUUGACGAAUAAAUAAUCUUUUUAGUUUUUAUUUAUGUUAUUAAUAUUUAUGUUAUUAAAUAAAUAAAUAAAUGUUUAUUCAAGCUUUAUUUAUUUAAUUUGGUGGUUCAGUACACGUAACGAGGGACUUUCCAGACUAAUAUCACCAAAAACUAUAUAGAUGGCGUUGUACAGCUUUAACGUGAUAAUUAUGUAUUUCCUCAUUACUGGGGUAAAUACAUAAUUCAUCAUCAUCACCAGCCCAUUAACGUCCCCACUACUGGGGCACGGGCCUUCCCUGUGGAUGGAUAGGGUGAUCGGGCGUUAAACCAUCACGCGGGCCCAUUGCGGAUUGAUCGUUAUUAACGGCACAAAUUCCAUAAUUAUUCCAAAAAAUAUUAAGUACAUAAUUAUUCCAAAAUAAUAUGUAACGGCAGAACCAUAUAAAAAAUAAUUGUUGCUUGAUAUUUGGUUCAUAUUAAAUAUUGUUUCACUUUAUUUUGAUCUGAAUAAUAAUGGGUGGGAGAUGUAAUUCUGCCUGGGUGUAAUAAUAAGGGUCAUUAUUUAUACCAACAAAGAUAAAAGAUGCAUAAUAUGUCUGUUAUUCUCGAAGUUAGAAGGUUAAACGAAGGAAAACUUGUGGUGGUUGAUAUUUAUGUAUGUUAUAUCGUAUGUAUCUAUAUUUUAUUUAUAUACUAUAUACAUAUAUAUACUUAAUGUAGCACACGUAAACACGCAUAUACAUGCAAACACACUCAAACACACACACACACACCCACGCGUUAUUUUUAGCUUGAUAAGUUUUUAUAAUUACAUUGUUUUAAGUUUACGCGGUUAUAAUCAUAAUUAAAACACAUAAUAACAGGUUCUUAUCGUGUUUAAAAUAGGGAUAUGAGACUCCCAUCAUCAUCCCGUGAUUAUGGCACUUGCAAUAGUGUCGAAAUAUCGGGAGUCUCAUAUCCCUAUUUUAAACGCGAUAAGAACCCGUUAUUAUGUGUUUUAAUAAUGGUAAUCACCGCGCAAACCUCAAACAUUGUAUAAAUCCACAAUUAUUUUAUAAGUCAGGUUAAAAAAGGCUCACCUACCACGUUGGUCUAACAGAAAGCUCGGUGAGGCGUGGGUACUUAGUUCAUCUUGCGAUGAAUGUACUUCCGAGUCUCUGACUACCCCAAUUGGGAUACAGUCGUGAGCUUAUGUUAUGUUGUUAUUUGCUUUCUAAAUCCGUUCCUCCAACGCUUCCUCCAGAGAGGAGGAGUUAGGGUGCGACUGAUUUAGAUCUAAAUAAGUAGAUUUUAAAGCAAGCCUCGUUCGAGAGGAUAUUUUGGUAUUCGGAGGAUCAUUACAGAGUGACGACCGAACCCGUUAUUAUGUGUUUUAUAAAAAAAUGUUAGCUGUGUUUACCUUUAAUUGGUAACGCAUUUAGAAUAACACGUAUGUUUGUUGAAUAAGUGUAGUAAUUAUGUUGUAACUGUUGGUAAACCUAAUAAUAAAAAAAACUGUACAGCGCCAUCUUUACUGUUAUUCAGGAACGUAACCUGGAAAGUCCCUUGUUCGCGGUACUCUUCAAGUUAGGUUGUUUGGAAGAGAUCUCUUUUAUAGAUAAGUAUUAUGUCGAGUUUUUCUUUUCCUUUUUUUGUGUAAGUACCAUCACAAUUCACAAGUUAGUUUUCGUUGGAACUAAAGUCUUGUUACCUAUUUUUAUUGAGAAGUUAUUCAUUAACUUACGUUUGUAAUAACCUCCUUCUUUUUGAAGUCGGUUAAAAAAUAUUUAAUGAAAUGUAAUAGUUACAUUAUGUUAUAAUACAAAAUAUCAUCGUUUGCAAAAUGUAAAGCAAUUUUAUUAAAAUUCAUAUUAUGUGUUAAAUUGAUAUAAGGUUUAAAUCAAAUUAUAGUUGAACCGUGUGUAAAAAAAUCAAAGAUUUCUAAAGUUUGAGUAGUUAAUUAAUUAUAAUGUCUUGUACAUAAACUAAUUAUAUUUGUAGCGAACGGACCAAAGCUCUGCUUGAAAUGUUUUACGAAUGUAGAUAAUAAAUGACUAAAUGUAUAUAGUAGAAAAAAAAGAAGAAUAAAAAGAAGAUUUUAUUAUCAAAAAUAAUACAAGAAAUUAUAAUGAAGGCAUAUGAAUGUGGUAGAUAUGAGACAUAUGGCACAACCCACGCGAUUUUUUUGUACAUUUACCUGAAGGUACUUUUUUUUAAUUAUUUUGUCCGCAAGGGGAUCAUAGCCCAUACAGCCAAGUCAUGUGUUAUAUUUAUUUAUUUAUUUAUUUUAAUUAUAAAAUUCAUAGAAGUCUCGGUUUUCGUAUAAGUAUCAUACUUUGUUUUUUUUCUACUAUAGACAAGUAAAAAUGUUAGUAAUAUCCAACGCCAAAUAUCAUUACUAA